GGCUCAAGUAUCAGCCAGGCCAAAGGCCUGUGUGAAGCACAUGGCACCCAGAGAAGGAUAUUCAAGAAGCGGCUAUGGCCGAACCUCCUCCCUGCGGAGAUCCAGGGCCGAGCCGGAAAUGACCCACCACGUUCUGGAUCCAGGAAACCCAGAGAAGCUGCCCCGGCCCAUCAGCGGCAUAGACGCUGAGGCGGUGUACGGCUCCAUCGAGGAGGAGGGCCCCGUGGAGUUCUCACCCACCAGCCCCAGCAAGAGCCCAGAGGCACGCUCAGUGGCGCGGGAGCAGAAUGCCGCGCGACAGUUCCUGUGGAGCAGCAUGGACGCUGUGAUGCUCCGGCCCGAUAGCAGCCACCUGCCAGUGCCGCUGUCAGUGGUCCUUACGCCCUUUGCGGAUAGCGCGGAUUUUACAUCUUUGCCAAUUUCGGACACUGGCAAGGAAGAGCCAUUGAGAUGUCCCCGAUGCAGGUGCUAUGCCAAUCCCCACUUCAAGUGGAGCGUAAGGGAAAACAGAAAGUUUACGUGCAACAUGUGUGGCCACAGCCUGGAUGUGCCCAAGACAUUCUUGGAAGACAUGGAGCGCAACGCCCAGACUGCGGAUGCCGACACGCACCCGGAGCUGGUCUUCGGCUCGGUCGACUUCACCGCCGCGGCGCUCCUGGAAGAGGAUCUGCCCGGGCCCUUCGUCCCGGCGGUUUGCUUCGCCGUGGAGACCUCGCCCCAGGCCAUCAAGCGAGGCUUCACCGCCGCAGCCCUGGAGGCCCUGGAGAAGACCCUCCAGGCACCACACCCCUUGGAGCGCGCAGUGUAUUUGGUCACCUUCGAUGAGGCAGUGACCUUCUACGUGCCCGGGAAUCGCGGGCGCUUCAGAGCCGUGGUGAUGCCCGACGUGGAUGAGCCCUUCGUGCCUGUUAGCCCGGAAUCGCUUGGGGUGCAUAUGGCAGACCCAGAAGGGAAGGAGAUGUUCCUUCAGCUUCUGGCGGAUUUGCGGAGCAGCUUCCAUACAAGCCCCGACUCCUCGCCACGCGAGGAGAGUCCAUUCGACCCCUUCCACCUCGAGGACUGCGAGGUGGCCAGCUCCACAGUGCUGCGCACCGGGGUGCAGACGUUGGCGGCGCUGGGGGGCGGGGAUUUGGUGCUCUUCCAGGCUACAGUUCCUGCCGUGCCUGACGACUCGGUCCCUGAAGACGAUGACGACGUGCUCUCGCCCAAGACGCCGAAGACACCUCGGACGCCGAAGACGCCCAUUACGCCCUUGAAGAAAAGAAAGCGAACCUUCCUCGAAGAGAUGCAUCGGAGCUGCUGCAGAUCAGGCGUUGCUGUCAGUGCUGUCACCGCGCCGCACGACGCGGACGCCUCGCGACUCCAUUGGCUGCCCUGGCGCACCGGCGGAGAUGUGCUGCAUUUGCCAAACUUCCCGGCGGCCGGCCAACAGAUCGCUAGCCAGUUGCAGCAUUGGGUGCACAAAAUGCAAGCCAGUGCUUACAACUGCGUGGUAAAGCUACGGUGCAGCAAAGGCCUUUGCUGCAAGUCCCUGCUAGCACCGUGGCCGGCGGCUGCCUCCGCAGAGGAUCAAAGCGCCUUUGAGGUCCCACGACUAUCGCCGGACAUGUCGGUGACCUUCACGCUACUUCCGGAGAUCGAGCCAGACCCGGAGGAGGAAUACCUCCGCAGCCGGGAACGAAAGAGCUUGGCAGUUCAGGCAGCCAUCCUAUACACCAACUGCAAGGGCGAAAGGCUCUUGAGGACGCACACUCGGAGCCUCAGCAUCGUGACCUCGGCAAGGCAGAUCCUGAACAGCAUCAACAUGGCGCCGCUCAUGGCGACCUUGGUGAAACAGGCUGUGAUCAUUGCCUUGGACCCCACGCAAAAUCCGAAGCUUCCGCGGGACAUGCUUCUGGAGAGCUGCUUGCAGAUUCUGACCACCUACCGACGGCGGUGCGUGGACCUUCCCAACAAGCAAAAGUUGGUGACCAGCAAGCAGCUUCAACUCUUGCCACUCUACAUCCUGGCAGCGCGUAAAUUGCUCUAUGCCUUUGUCGGCUGCAAGGAGGACAAGGUCCAAGAGGAGAUGCUGCAGCGCAUUCUGAGGAUGCCCAUCCACAACAUCAUGAUUGCUCUCUAUCCUCGUGUGUAUCCCUUGCCCGCCACCUUUCCAGAAGGAGUGGACCUUCCCAGGCAUUCUCCAGCUGCAGAGGAGCAGGUAAGCAGGGGAGCGGCACCCGGAUAUCUGGUGGUCAACGGCCUGGGCAUGUGGUACCAAGCAGGAGCUCAAGGGGAGCUCCGGGAGGCCGCUGCCGAGCUGGCAGAGAGGAUCAGGGAAGUAUUGCAACCAGCACCAGACUGGAUUCCGCUCGCUGAGCUGCCUCAACUGGUGCAGCCGGCACUUCCGGAGAAAGUUGGCCAGGAGGCAGCACCGAGGCGGCCAAAAUACGGCAGCCGCACACCGGGCGCAUCGUUUGGAACACCGAGUGUAACCAAAGCCACGUCUGAGACCAGCUGGCCUGAGAAGGUGCUGCUGUCCGCGCUCUUUGUGGAAGAUUCGGGCGUCACAGAGAUGUCGUACCCUGAGUGGAUAUCCUUUUUGCAGGAGCAGUUGGUCCUGCGGCUAACGGAGAGCUAGGAGCAGGACGUGCAGGAUAAUACCUGCUCUGGCCUUGAUGCAAACAUAAUUGCCGUGUCCUGCGCGAAGCGCACAGACACCCGGCAAGAGUUGAAGAAAUGAGAUGGCUGUGCGUCAAAAGUAGUGUGUUCCUUGAAUGUUCAUUCUCGUGUUGGUUC